CCCUUUUGCCAGACUACGCCGCAAAGCCUCUGAUGCUUUCCUUCAUUGCUUUGGCUCUUCUGGCUCACGCCUUACACAUCCAAUGCCAAAAUCUACUUCAUCAUAAAUUAAACGUGAUUAUCCUGGCCGGACAAAGCAACAUGGCCGGCCGUGGCGGUGUGGCCAAUGUCUCUUCCACCGGCACUCCGACAUGGGACGGUGUCGUUCCUCCACAAUGCCAACCUAACCCUUCAAUCUUCAGGCUGAGUGCGGACAUGGCAUGGGUUCCAGCAAGUGAGCCAAUCCAUGCUGACAUUGAUGCCAGGAAGACAGACGGGAUUGGACCCGGAAUGUCUUUCGCUAAUGCGGUACUGACCAAGGACCCCAAUUUUGGGCCGGUAGGAUUGGUGCCAUGUGCCGUUGGAGGGACUAACAUAAACGAAUGGCAGAAAGGGGAGUUUCUUUAUGAGCAGCUGGUGAAGAGGGCUCAGAUGGCGCAGCAGAGUGGAGGAGUUUACAGAGCAAUGCUUUGGUAUCAAGGCGAGGCUGAUACAGUCAAUGAAGAAGAUGCUGAAUUGUAUGAAGGUAGGUUGAAGACAUUUUUCGAAGAUUUACGUUCUGAUCUGCACGCACCUAUGCUCCCAAUAUUCCAGGUGGUUCUCGCAUCAGGACAGGGACCAUAUAUUGAGGAAGUGAGAGAGGCCCAGUUAAAUAUAGGCCUCCAAAAUGUGAAAUGCGUGGACGCUAAGGCACUACCCCUUGAAUCAGAUAAGCUACAUCUUACCACUCAGUCCCAGGUGAGACUCGGGGAGAUGUUGGCAGAUGCAUACCUUCGGUUCAUGCCCAGGUCUUUAACAAGUAACAAUGCUCCCGCCAACUUUUCUAGCUUUGUUCCUCCAUUUUUAAUAAUUGCUCAACUUUUUAGAUGUCUCUGGAUGAUCCUCACCUUCUGAUAGCAUUAUAUAUAAGUUCAAAUUUGCUCAACUUUGUUUCUAUGUAUUCAUACUUACUAACACAGGAUAAGAAUAAA